CAUCCGAUACGGACUAUCUGGAACAACCAAUUUCACCAUUUCUCAAUCGGGACAAAUCAGCACAGUGGGAACUCUCCAGGGACCGCUGCUUCUGCCGUUCCGUGUGACUGCCACCGGUCCGGACGGAACAUCGGUUGGUGCGGACGUGCAGGUAUCCGUCCCAUCCUGUCUAGUUCCGACGCAGCCCACCCAGCCACCUCCAGUAACACCAGCGACCGUCACACCGACCUUCGCACAAUCCGCGUAUACAUUUACGAUCGCGUGCCCAAGUUCCGCCAAUAUUCUCAUUGGAACCAUUACGGCGCAAUAUUCCCAGCCGCAGAAUUUGGUAUACUCAUUGUUUAAUUCCAAUGAGUUCUCCGUUGACAAUUUUGGAGAAAUUCGGAGCACUGUGUUACUGAGUCCGGCAACUUCCUAUACUUUUGCUCUUAUCGCUACCGACGCGAGAAAUGCCGCCGCGGUAGCGAUUACCCGGGUGACGGUAGAAGUUAGUCCUUGUGGUGGUCAAACAACACCGCCUUCCAUAUUUGCCACCACUCCCGAACAGUUAAUUGGAUUUAACCAAGCAGCAUACGCUUUCACUACCACUUGCCAAGUUCCCGCGAACCAGAUUAUCGGAAAUGUUCAGGGAUACGGAACUGGAAUUCGGUACAGUCUAACCGGCACAAACACCUUUACUAUCUCGCCGACGGGUCAGAUUAGUACCUUGGGGCCAUUGCAAGGGCCACAGGUAAUACCAUUCCAAGCCACAGUCAGCGCUCCGGAUGGCACAUCCUUCAGCGUUACCGUUAACAUUUCCAUUCCGCCUUGUCUUGGUCCGACACUGCCGCCGCUGGUGACACCGGGUCAACUGGUUUCCACUCCGACACCCAACGCUGCGCCAUACUUUACCAAUCCCACAUAUACUUUCACGAUGGUGUGCAAUAGUCAGCCGGGAACAUCAAUUGGAUCAGUUUAUGCCAUCGAUGAUAGCUCACAAGUCGUAUAUUCUGUUCAAUCGCCAAGUUUCACCAUUAACCGAUCGUCUGGUGAAAUAUUCACAUCUUCCCCGAUUACAUCCAACACGCCCAUUACGUUCACGGUUACAGCGUCGGAUAACCAAGGACUAACUGGUCAAGCCAGCGUGACAGUUUCCGUAAAUGGAUGCGGCGUACCAACACCGAGUGUGCCAGUGAUCAAUCAACCAACCGCGAUUACUGUCAGUGUGUGUGAUCCAGCGACGAACAUGGUCGUGCCGGGUAUGGCGUUAGGAUUUGUAUCGGCAUCCAGUCCUUCCGCUGGCAAUGGACCAGCAGGUGGACUCCAGUUUACAAUAUUAAAUGACCGGAGAUUUUCUGUGAAUUCCGCUACGGGACAGAUUUCGGCUGCGGCCACCUUAGACAGUGGUAGUUAUUUGUUCCAAGUGCAAGUGGUUGAUCCGCGAUUACCCCAACUGAGCAGCAGCGCCACGUUCACUGUUAUUGUCGAUUGCACUUCGAUAACCUACCGACCAUGCAAUCCGGCAUCCGUGGAAGCGACUGUCAGCGAAGGGGCUGCGGUUGGAGUAACCGUGAUCACUCUGUCUGGGAAUAACGUAGCGCCCGUUAACAAUCGUCCCUAUUCCUCUCCGUACACCUCCUCAUCGUCUUCCUAUUACAACAACAUCCCCACCUAUUAUUCUCAGCAAGCCUCUUUCCCCAGCGAGCAAUAUGCCAUCCCUCCAACAGCUUACUACGGGAAUUAUCCUAGUGCCGGUGGAUUAGGAGGUAAUUCCAACAGCUUGUCGGACCAGUAUGCAUCGUUGGGCGGAUCCGGUCGUGGCUAUCGCGCAUUACCCAUGCUGCGGCGGGCUGCUCCGCCUCGGAUGGUUUUCCGCGAACGACGCCAAACGGGAGGCAGUCUCUUAGCCUCACUUCAGUCGCCCGUGGGCUCGGCAUUUGCCGGAAAUGGAAUGGGUGGAAGCACCGGUGUCCAGGGAUGGAGUAUUCUGCAAGCCAGUGUGCCGGGUCAAUUUCGAGUCGACGCAAAUUCUGGACGUGUUUAUGUUGCCCAGCCACUCGACCGGGAACGAACGGACAGUUACGUGCUACGAGUGCGCAAUUCCUACGGAAACCAAGCGUGCGUCACACGGGUGGGAAUCGAUGUGCUGGACGUUAACGAUAAUGCGCCUAUUUUUAAUAAUGCAACAUACGCCUUCACUGCCCCUUGUGGAACUUCCAGCGCUUUAAUUGGAGUCGUUACGGCAAGAGAUGCGGAUAGCGGGUUACGCGGUUUUGUCACAUAUUCGAUACUGAAUUCGGAUAACAGCGUUUUUACGAUUGACACAUUCAGUGGCGAAAUUCGAUCGAGGACAUCAAUCGGCGCUGGAGCAUUACCGCAAUCAUUGACGAUACAAGCGGAUAACCCCACAACACCUUCGCGCUCAACAACCACCACCGCGACAGUAAAUCCCGGUGCGGGCUGCUAAAGUUCCUUCAUGCAUCUGACAAGAAAUGCAACUAAGGAACUGACAACUGUGAUGCGCAUGACUCUGCCCAGUGGCCGCUGUGUACAAUAUUUUGUCUGUUUUUGUAGCGAUUGGCAUGGUUUAAGGACUGCUUGUUAAAUCGUCCAUACAAUACUGUGUAUGUAUGUGCGAAUGCUGUUAUGAUCUCGUUUUGGGUUUUGGGAAAAAUCGGGAGAAAUGUGGGAUAAUUGGUUUCUGCGCUUACGUUUCAUUCUCUCAGUGAAUCAAGUA